AUGUUUAAGAGAACUGGUUUGAGGAUAACCAAAAGGUUAAUACAUGAUGUACCUAAGUUGAAGGGACAGUAUAAGUACGAAACAUCAGGUAUUGAAGGGUUAUACUCUCCUGAAGGUUUCAAAGGUGCCUGGACUGAUUAUCAAAAGUUUUUAACCAUGAAUUUAACUCUUUUAACUAAUGGUACAGAGAAUGAAUUCAAAAGUCCAUACCAAAUCUUAUUAAAUACUGCCAAACAAACCACAGAACAACACAUUUUCCAUUAUGCUUCACAAGCUCACAACAAUCAUUUCGUUUUCCAACAAUUAACCAAUAAAUCAGAAGCUAGUAAAACUCAACCAUCAAGAAACUUAAUGGGAAGAAUUAAUGAUAUGGGAUUUAAAAAUUUACAAGAACUUUAUGAUCAAAUAGUGAAAUUAUCAGAAACCAUGAAUGGUCAAGGAUGGAUCUUUUUAGUUGAAAACCCCGAUAAAUCAUUAAAACUCAUUCAAUGUAAUAAUGAUGGUACACCUUAUUUCUAUGGAAAAAAUCAAUCCCUCGAUUUGAAUGGAGGAAUUUCUGAACAAACUUAUGAAAAAUACCUUGAAUUAAAGAAUCAAGUAGAAGAAAAUUCCAGAGAUUUCACUUUACCAAUAUUAGGUAUAAAUUUAUGGGAUCAUGCAUAUAUAAAUGAUUAUGGUAUCAAUGGUAGAGAAGAAUACUUGAAAAAUUUGUGGAGUAGCCUUAAUUGGGAUGUUAUUAAUGGUAGAUUAUUCGAAUUAUAA